GCAAAUCAACUUCUGUAACUUUAUCUUCAGACCAAAAAGGCGGCGCUAGCUAGUUGUCAGCGUCGUGUGGGUCUAAUAAUGUCAGAACACAAAAAAACUCUCUUCAAAUACAAAUCAUGGUCACCCGACAUUCAACGUGAGGAAGCUUGGCUCAAACGUAGGAACAAUCAUCGUAUGCGUCUCGCCGCCGACCGCCGUUCCAUGAGCUUCACCGCCGCAGACCACCGCCGUAACAUGACCAUCGCCGCAGCUGAACAUCGUCGUUCAAUGAGCGUUACCGACGAGGAUCUUGAAGAACUACGUGCUUGUUUUGAAUUAGGGUUUGGUUUUGAUUUGAAUUCGGAUUUGGAUCCUAAGCUUACUAAAGCUUUUCCAGCUUUGGAGCUUUAUCAAGCUGUGAAUAAGUUAUCUAGAUCUUCUUCUUCUGUUUCGAUGGGAACUUCUGACUGUGAAACUCCGAAGUCUGUUGAAAGCUCUGUCUCCAUUGUUGAACCAGGUGAUGAUCCCAAGGAAGUGAAGAUGAGGUUGAAACAAUGGGCACAAGUGGUGGCUCUUUCAGUGCUUCCAUCACCUUCCGUGUUAGGGUAAUUGAUUUAGAAUUUAAAGUUAGUGAUAUUCGAGAAUAUUACGUAGAUUUCUAAACUCUGUCGUAAGAGUAGGUACAAACAAGAUGUAUAAAUACAUAUGUCUGUAUGUUUUGCUCAAUUAUAUAUAAAUGGAAUUGAAUGCUUAUUUA